GACACUGAUUAAGGGUUAAGGGGUUAGAAUAUGCUUUAUCAGAUCACCAGGUCAUCUUGUGGACCAUUCUGAUUUGGGUUUCUUGAUACCAGAUCUGAAACACCGACUACAACAACUGAUUCUGCCAUUAUUUGUUAAUUGUCAUGUCAAGAGGGAAGGUAACAUGGUAGCACAUACUCUAGUCAGAGAAGUUAAGUUGGCUGUUUAUUAUGAUAAUUUUUUUACCGUUAUUCCUCCGUAUGUGAAGGUGUUACUCUCUCAUGAUUGUAACGAUGUUUACUCAAUGAAGUUAUUUAUUCCCUAAUGAACCGAAAAAUCGUCAAUAUAGUCCUGUCGUCAGUCAGUAGAAGACCGGUUUCGGGCUCACUAGGAGCAAGAAAACGCAAAUGGGGAGCGGGAAAGAAAGGAACAACUCUGUCAAGAAGAAGAACAAGGGCAACCCGCUUGGCCCCAAAACAACCAAACUUAAACCCCAUGCCACCAACAACAACAACAAGAAUACCCAAAUCGAAGCUCAAAACAUCGAAAAGCUACAACCGUCGGCACAACUCAACUUGUUCCUCGACAAAUUUCAGUCUGCCAAUCAUCUCAAGCUCUCUUGUCUCGAAUUGGACUCCCUCACUGAUAAAUGUAUUGUGGACAUGUCUACGGAUCAAGAUGUCGAAAGCUUGGGGAAACAUGUCAAGGCAGCUUUUGGGCCGUCAUGGAAGGAGGAACUAUGUGAUAAGCGUCUCUUGGAAGGAAAAGUCGAUCCAGGGAGCCCCGCAGUUCUUAUUAUUAGCACAUCCGCCUUGAGAUCAAUAGAACUUCUAAGUCUAGACAUUUUUCUCUCAUCCACUUUAGGCCUUUUCCAGGUCUCAUUGUUGAAGGAUCGUGUUAACAUCGCUAGUGGUACACCAAACAGGAUAAAGAGGCUAAUUGACAUUGAGGCAUUGGGGCUGUCACGGUUAUCAGUGAUUGUGCUUGAUGUGCACCCAGAUGUCAAGGGCUAUUCACUGUUGACGCUUCCGCAAGUCAGUGAUGAAUUUUGGGACUUGUACAAGACCUACUUUCACCAGCGAUUACUCCAAGGGUCCUUGCGUCUCUCUCUUUAUGGUCCAUUAAAAUCUGAUAAUGAGUUCAAGGGAAAAAAGAAAAGACCCAAUGAAUAGUUAUUUAUAUGUUGGUGCAAACUUGAAGCCAGAAUACUAUUUUUUCCCCAGCGAUCUUAGAAUGUAAGUCUCACUUCUGUAUUGGAGUUGGUUUGCCUUAAAUUAAGCGUCCUUUCGUUCAUGCUUG